AUGCCGUACAUUGAUGAUAAAAAUGAUAAAUUACCUAGUAUUAUUUUGGGCGAAAUUUUAGAAACUAUAGACCUUUCUUUUGAUAAAGGUAUAGGGAUGUUAAAUGGUACAAAUGUCAGAUCACCUCCAAAGGACAUCAACUCAAUCAUUAAGGUGAGGGAUUUGGUAAAAGAUUUGUUAACUACUCUAGAUAAAAUAACGGCAAAAGACAAUGAAGAACUCCAGGUGUUGUCAUCAUCUACGGAUAACAAAUCUGGAAAAAAGUUAGCAGAUAAUAGGGAUUCAAUUGAAGAAACUACAAAAACGAUUGACCAAAAACAACAAGUCAAUGCUGAGGAUGACGAAGAGGAGACUAUUAGAACCAAGACAAAAAGGACUUUUUCUGGAAGUAAUGAUAACGAUCAUAAUGUCAAGAAUGACGAUGAUGAUGAUGAUGAGGAAGCUAAUGUACCUGUUAAACGGAGGAUGUUAAAUAGAGAUAAAAUUGAAAAUGAUCCAUCAGUGAAAAAUCCAAAAUCCGAAUUUGUUAUAUCACAAACAUUGCCCAAAGCUGCAGCAUUAUUAGGUUUAUUUACAGAAAAUGGGUUGGAGACUACAGGAGAAGACUAUUUGAAAAUAAAAUAUGCAGUGGCAAGUUAUCCAACCAAUGAUUUACAAGAAAUGUUACCUGGUAGGAUGCCAGACUUGGAUUUAUCAAAUCCGAAACCUACCAAUCAAAUCCAAUUCAACACAUUCUUGACGUAUGUGGAAAACUUUUUUAGACAAUACACAGAUAAUGAUAUUGAAUUUCUAAAACAAAAAAGUAUCAUUCCACUAUCUCUAAGGGACACUAAUUACGAUCCUGAUAUAACACCAUAUAUGAUACCUAAACUGGGCCAACUGUACACUGAUAAAUGGUUUAAAGAAGACAAUAACAAUAACAUAGCAAAUAUAACAGUACCUAAUAUGCCGAAACCAGAAAGUAUUUUUCCAAGGGGUUCGAGUGACUUAUUGGGCAAUGAAAAUUUGGAUAGCGAUAAGAUUUCUUGUGGACCAUUAGUUACAAGGCUAGUAUCAGCUGUUUUGGGUUCACCUGAUGGAAUUGAAUUUAAUCAACCCAUUAAAAAGGAUGAUAAUGAAGACUCAAUAUCGCAGAUUUCAGCUGCUACCACACCACCAUUACAACAAGAACAGCUCUUAAACUUGGACACAAAAGAUCAGGAUAACACGGCCACGAGUUUACUUUUCCCUAUUAAAUGGAAAUUAGAUGAUAAAUUAUUUUCUACUCCUAAUUUAGAUUAUUUGACAUUUGAAGAAAGAUUGAAAAAGGAAUUAAAAUACUUAGGAAUCUAUUCGAUGGCAAAUGAUAACGAGUUAGAUUGGUUACAUACUCGUGAAGAUGAUGAAGUUAGUCAAGAAUUAAGAAAAUUGCAAAAAAACCUAAAAGAAACACAAACAAGAAACAUUAAAAGAAUGAAAAUUCUUGUACCUAUUAUUCAAAAAAAACUAGCUUGGCAGGAAUAUGAACAGAUUUUGGAUGACUUAAACAAACAAAUUGAUCAGGUCUAUAUAAAAAGGAUACGAGCACCUAAAAGUAAAAAAAAGAAACAUUCUUCAAUAAGUAACAGUAAUAACUCGGUUGCUGAUUUUGGUAAUUCCACUUCCCAAGCAGCACUUCAAGCUGCACAUCAACAAGCUGCCAAUUCGAGUUUAAAGGUAUUGCUAGAUAAACGCUCAAGAUGGAUAGAGAAAAUUGGACCAUUGUUUGGCGAUCCAGAAUUAAUCAAACGUAUUCCUAAGGAAUCAAUUUUUCAUAAUCUAGAUGAUGACAAAAAUGGAGAAGAAGAUGAAGAUGUUGACCUAGAUGCCGAAGAUGAGGAAGAUGAUGAUGUAUUUCAUCAAGCUGGAAACAACAAAGAAGAAUUAGCAAAUCAAUAA